AUGCUUCUCACAGGCUUGCAAUAUGAUAGUCUUAGAACUGUUCUACAAUACAUAGAAGCUAACAAAAUAUUUUGUCUAUUCCUGCGAAUACCAGCGAUUCGUUUUGCCGAAAAGACUGUGCCACUCAAAAUUGACUAUCUUCAGUUUGGUGAUUACGGAGUUACAGUCAAUAAAACUUCAUAUUAUCUGAGGGUUUAUAGAAACUUCCAUCAGGGAGAAGAAAUCGUUGACUAUUUUCAAAAAGAAAACGAUGAGGGUGGUAUUCGAUUUGAUCUAGAUCAGCACGGUUUCCAACUUCCGACGAACAUGACCGACCUGGUCCCAGGAGAAGUGAUUUUUGGAGAUGUGAGAGUUGCGAAUCACAACUCUACACCAAUGUUUUCCACUGAGUUUCCCUGGUCUUUCCAACAAGACGAUCAGAGAAUGAAACGUUAUUAUGAAAAGCAUCUGGAGAUCUACAAAAUUGCGUUAGAGAGACGAUUGGAUCGAGGGGAACCAGGGAACUUGGGAUGUCCUUCAUUUCCGUUUCCAGUAAUGUUCCCAGUGUUCACAGAAGAUGAAUUGCUACCAAUGUCUGGUUCAGUUCUACAAGAACUAACUGCAGAGGAAAUGGAAUCAAAAUUGGUCUUUCUCAGCCGUGUGCCAACAUGGUUAUUAGAGAUGGCAAUCGCUCGUUUGAGCUAUUGUUUUCAACCGUUCGACUGCCGACAUAACAAUAGACCACUCCCCUUCACACCACUAAUCCAAUUCAUAAUCAAAAAAGAAGGCCAAGAAAAACGAAUCGAACGGUAUGCAUACACAAUGAAGCUACACGAAGCAGUUCGAAAACUGAAUGGGUUGAUUUUCGGAGGACGGAAAGCAGUUGUACAAGCUCACACUUUUCCCUUCAUUGCUGAAAGCGUUGCGCUCCGAAUUCCUCAAGGAUUGAGAAUUCGAGUACGAGAACUGAGAUUCAAAGAGAAUAUGAAUGGACGCUUCGAAGCUUUGAACAAUUUGAUCGAUGAGUCCAGUUACCCACUUGAAUCACUCUCUAUACUCCACCAGGAAGAAGACAUUGAUUACUUUGCGCACCCGGCUUCAACAAGUGCGCAGCGAAUCGAAUCGUUCUGCAACAAAAUCGUGCACUUCAAGUACAUUUGGUCUCCAGAUUUCUCUACUGAGGAGCUUAUGACAUUCGCUCGGAAAAUAAUCACAGCGGGAUCUCCGGUUGGAGUUCAAAGAACAUUCAGAAUGUCACAUGAAGAUUCAAUCGAUAAUCUUUUGAAUCGUGUUGGUAUUCGAACAAAUAGAAGUGCUUCUAUUUUGAUGGGAAAUGACUCCAAGCUCACAAUAUCUUACAAUUCUGCGGAAUUCUGCAAAGAAGACAGUUCACAAAGGAAAAAGUGGGUUCUCAAAAUGAUGGUUGUACCGACUUGA